CGCCACACUCUGCCUAGUCAGCGCGUGCGGCGAGUGAAGUUGGCCCUAGACGCUCCAUCGCGCCCAGUGUCGUAACCCAGCGCGCCUGUUGGCGACGUCGACCAAGUGUCUGCACGAGGGGACUGGGACGAUGAACCGCCUGGAGCGGUACUUGGCUCUGUCGGCGCUGAUUCUAGCCAAUAGCGCCGACCGCUGCCUCGCCGAGGACACCGCCGACAACCAGGACCUGUUCGUCGUGAACUCCGACUCUGCCCUAGGACAGUUCUCCGCCAGCGCGAAGGAGAACGCUGGUGCAGCUGCUUACGGAGGAGGCGGAGGUGUGCUUGCAGAAGAAGACGACGAGCCGUCGGCGUACGACCGGCGGCUCCUUCUCCAAGAGUUAAUCGGCAAGCGGGGAUUUGGCGAGCGAAAGCGGCGCGGAUUCGGCGAGAAAAAAAAGCGCGGCUUCGGCGAGAAGAAACGAGGUUUCGGCGAGAAGCGGCUUCGCACGGCAGCCGCGGCCCACCGGAGCCUGCUGGCCGUGCCCUCGGCCAGGACCCCGUCGGGGGCACGGGUCCUGCUCUUCGAGAACCCUUACGAAGGCUCGUUGCCCUGACUAUGGGCCUCAACUUUGAAGACUCCGCACAAGUGGAAGCCGGUUCCGGCAGGGGACGAGAAGACCGCGUCCAAAGGAGGUCACUGAGCCACGUAAAGCGUUAUCUCUCACGAUGAUGGGUGCGGCUGGCAAUUCGUCGGCUGUAGCAACUCCUUGGACGUGUGGUUGACACUCAGCUGCUGUUGUCGACUCUGAGCCAUCUGGAUGCUCGAAUGCAAUUUUGAACUAGGCUCACUUUCGAGAGGCCGUUA